AUGGCAACGAGGCAUCACCAUCAAGUCCCGGCACCCCAGCAGCAGAGAGGUACGUACAUCGGAUUCUUGAAUACCUUCCCUUCCUCGGUGAUCUUCCUCUUCCUCUUCCUGGAUUCCUUCUUGGGCGAUUUUCUGAACAGAUUCUCUUCACAAGUUAGUGUGAGUAAAUGCUAUUUUCCUGAAACUUUUAGGUGGCGGCGGAGGAGGAGGAAUGAAGCAGCAGAAGGCCGCCGAGGGGAACAACCGGCGCGCGCUGGGAGACAUCGGCAACCUGGUUCACGCCAAUCCCCGACCUGCAGAAGGGUAUUAUGCUAAACCUAACCUGUUCAGGUUUUCUUCACCAUCUCUGAUCGUUUCUUCUCCCUCCGUAUCUUGACAAAUGAUUUCCCAUUCUCCAGGAAGCCGCCGCCUCAGAUCUCCCGCCCCGUGACAAGGAGCUUCGGAGCCCAACUCCUCCGCACUACCCAAACAGGCGUGGAUCCUUCCGCCGCAGCCGCCAAGGUGAGGAUAUUCCACCGGGUCAUGCCCAGUUGACUUUAACUUCCCCCCGAGUCUGAUCCCAGUUGACUGCAGAAACAUGUGAAACUGGAUGCCGCCGGCGCCGGGAGGGGUGUUGCAAGGCCUGCGAAACCGAGGGCUGCUGCCGCGAAGCCGAAGCCCGAGACGGUGAUAGAGAUUAGUCCUGAUACCGGCAAGAAGAAGGGUUCGACCCAUUCGAAGAAGAAAGUGCACACUCUCACCUCAGUUCUCACUGCUAGAAGCAAGGUGUGAAGAUGGCGUACUCUUCAUCUCGUUCCACUAUUUUCCUUCAUCUUCUCUUCCUCUUCUCAUAUCUUUUGGGUCUUCCUCCUGUGGCAGGCUGCUUGUGGAAUAUCUGAAAAGCCUACGGAGCCUGCUCAUGACAUUGAUGCCGCAGAUCUCGGUGAUCAGCUUGCGGUCGCCGAUUAUGUCGAGGAUAUCUACAAGUUUUACAAGAUCUCCGAGGUGAGCAAGCCUUCUUCUUCCUCUGUUUGAUUUGAUCUCUUGCUGUCACAAGUCUGUUUGUGACUCACUUUUCUGGUCCGAUUCGCAGAACUGCCGUCGUCCUGGAGACUACAUGGAUUCACAAACCGAGAUCAACACGAAGAUGAGGGCGAUCCUCGCCGACUGGCUGAUCGAAGUGCAUGAGCGAUUUGAGCUCAUGCCGGAGACUCUCUACCUCGCUUUCUACAUCAUCGAUCGGUACCUCUCCGUUGAGACGGUCCUCAGGAGGGAGCUUCAGCUCGUCGGCGUCACGGCCAUGCUCAUCGCCUGCAAAUACGAAGAAAUCUGGGCUCCAGAGGUUAGCCUGGUUUCACAGAAAUAAAAUCCCCUUCAAUUAUGGCAUCGCGCAUCUAAAGGAUGAUGAAUCUGGUAUGGCAGGUCAACGACUUCAUCUGCAUAUCAGACAGGGCGUAUAGCAGAGAUCAAAUCCUGGCGAAGGAGAAGGGGAUACUGGAUAAGCUCGAGUGGAAUCUGACCGUCCCCACCCCGUAUGUAUUCCUCGUCCGUUUCCUGAAGGCCGCCAUAUCCGACCAAGAGGUAAAUUAACUAACUAUCCUAGUUUACCCUAAAAAGUCCUCCGAUGCGAUCGCCUCCCUCCUCUGAACUGGCUCCUCUUCCAGCUGGAGCACAUGGUCUUCUUCUUCGCGGAAUUAGGUCUGAUGCAGUACUCGAUAGUCUCCUACUGUCCAUCCAUGGUUGCCGCCUCCGCCGUCUACGCCGCGCGGUGCACCCUCAACAGGAAUCCCCUCUGGAACGAGACGCUCGAGCGGCACACCGGCUUCUCCGAACAACAGCUCAUGUACGGACACACACCACACCACCAAUCCUCUCCGAACGGCAUGAUCUGUUCACACCUAAUUCAAUUUUUGCUGUGGUCCAGGGAUUGCGCGAAGCUCCUGGUCGGAUUCCACUCGUCGGCGACGGAGAGCAAACUGAAGGUGGUAUACAAGAAAUAUUCCAGCCCUGAGUUCUGCUCCGUCGCGCUGCAUCGUCCAGCCUCGCGACUGCUCGAGGAAUCCAAGGGGGAGGAGGAGACUCCAUCGUCCACUUGA